AUGCAACUUCCCACGCCCCCGGAGGACGAGUUCGUCCUAUAUGCCGACCUGUUUGCCAAACAAGGUCUAGGCGACCAACUAGAGAAAUAUCUUCGAGUUCUCAUCCGUUUGACCGAGUCUGAAGAGGGGACUUUGGAAUAUGUCAUUUCUCGCGAUGACGUUGACCGCGAUCACUUUCACGUAUUCGAGCGCUAUACCGGCCGGGAAGCAUUCGAAAAGCACAUUGCGGCUCAGGAGUUUGUAGACUUCGCAGAUUCAGGGGUUCUGGCUAAACCACCCACCCCUAAGAUGUUAAAGCCAUUAAAGGCAUUACGCACCAAGGUCCUCUUCAAAAAGACGGACGUAUCCAAAUGGAGUGAUCUAGAGGAUCUCUUUACCUUUGCUCGAAGUUCCUUCGGACAGGUCGAUAUCCUGUGCAAUGGGGCUGGGGUUUUUGAACCAAAAUGGUCAAAUUUCUGGCUGGAUACAGAGUCAAACAGCUAUCAAUCACUCAAUAUUAACGUUUCCGCAUUGUUCAAAGGAACUCGACUAGCAAUUCGAGACCAAAUCAAAAGAUCGGCUAAUAGAGGCUCGACAGAGACUAUAGGCGUUAUUCUCAACAUCACUUCACUCGCUGCCCAGUUUGCGUUAUUCAGUCAGCCGCUUUACGCCGCUUCAAAGGCCGCCGUGUCUUCCUUCACACGGUCAUUGGCCCCUCUGCAACAUGAGUUUGGCAUCAAGGUCGUUGCAGUCGCUCCUGGUAUGGUGCAGACGCCAUUGUGGACCAAUAACCCCGACAAGAUGAAAGCAAUCACCGCGGAUGACGUCUUAAUUACGCCUGAAGAACUGGCAAUGGUCAUGCUCGACUUGGUACAGAAUGAUGAAUAUCAGGGUGGAACCGUCUUGGAAGCACUAAAGUACAAAACACGAAAAAUCGAAGUUGGGAGCCCCCUUCCUUCAGGCCCGGGAUCAACCAUGAGUAAUAUGGGUCUAAUUCACGACGAGACUAUUGAGUUGUUGAGGAUGGAAAGUGUAGGCAACGUGUGA